AUGUCUUCAGCAACUCCCACUGUCGCGACCAACAACUCGCCUUACGCCGAUUUACCAGCUAUUAGCUCCGUUCUAUUCGAGGCAAAGGCAAAGAAGGGCCUUACCUUUGAUCAGAUUGCGAAACAAAUAGGAAGGGAUGAGGUCUGGCUUGCGGCUGCCUUCUACGGCCAAGCCAAAUUUACCACAGAAGAGCUGAAAAAGGUUGCUGAAGUGCUCGACAUCUCAUCAGCAUCUGCUCUUAGCGAGAUCGGUGACCACUGGUGGCCAAACAGAGGGCUGGGCCCGAUGCCCCCACAGGACCCUGUGAUCUACAGGCUGUACGAGGGUGUUUUGGUGUACGGACAUGCUAUCAAGGCUAUUAUUCAUGAAAAGGUAUGGCUUUUUGAAGAGUUCGUAAUGACCACCAUUCAUCUGCAUAAACAGUUCGGUGAUGGGAUCAUGUCCAUGAUCGACUGCAAGAUCGACAUUGAAAAGAAGCCUGAUCCCAAAGGCGAUCGUGUCGUUUUAAGUUUCGAGUAA